AUGCCUGCGGCGGACGCCCCCAACGCUGCAAAGAAGAAGAAAUUCAAGAGCGUGCACGAGGCUGUCAGAGCUGGGAACGUGGAAGAACUCAGCAAGAUGGUGGCGUGUGGCGCCAGCAUGAAUGAGGCGGAUCCCGUCCAUAAGUUUACACCCUUGCACUGGGCAGCACAUUCUGGAAGCCUGGAGUGCCUUCAGUGGCUGCUCUGGCAUGGAGCUGACCCGACGGCAGUGACCAUGAGAGGCUGGACCGUGGCUCAUCUGGCUGCCAUCAAAGGCCAGGACGCAUGCAUGCAGGCCCUUCAUCUUAACAGUGUGAACCUGGGAAUUCAGGACGAACGGGGGUGUACCCCAGCACACCUGGCAGCGACCCAUGGACAGUCAUACACCUUGCAAACCAUCCUUCGGAGUGGGGUGGACGUGAACGUUUCCGAUAAGAACGAUUGGAAGCCCAUUCACAAUGCAGCUUUCCACGGCCGGCUGGGCUGUUUGCAGCUUCUUGUUAGAUGGGGAGCUACACUAGAUGACGUGGAUAACAAUGGCAACCUUCCAGUUCAUCUGGCGGCCAUGGAGGGCCACCUGCACUGCUUUAAGUACUUAGUGGACAAGAUGCCCACCUUGGUCCAUGCCCUGAAAGCCAGAAAUGACCACGGGGAGACCCCGCAGGACCUGGCGCAGAGGUUCUACAAGGACAGCGUUGCUGAAUACAUCGAGAGCCUGCAAAAGGAGAAGGGGCAGCCGCAAACGGAAGAAGAUCUAACGUUUCCAGGUCAUGAUGCUGCUUUCAGAGGGGACCUGGAGACAUUAAGAACAUUACUGGAAAACAGAGUCAUCAAUAUUAACGAACGGGAUGAUAGAGGCUCCACUCUCUUGCACAGAGCUGCUGGACAAGGUCAUUUACAUGUCCUAGAGUGGCUGAUCAACAGGGAAGCAAACUGCAACAUUGCCAAUGAAGCUGGAGAGACACCAAAGGACGUUGCAAAGAGGUUUGCCCAACUGGCUGCUGUGGAAUAUUUAAGGAGCAAGAUGGGAAACGACUCUGAUGAGGAAAUUGACAUACAGGACCCACAGUUCUUUGAAAAGCACGGUGUGGAAGGAAGCACGGACUGCAAGGCCGACUUGCAUCUAGAGAACGAGGACAAAACAGACAGUCGUGAAAGGGCCUACCGGAAGAUGGAAGAGCUGCAGAAGCUCCUGGAAAUUGCCACCAGCAAUUUCAAGCAGCUUGGGGGAAUAACCCCGGAAGAAAGGAGAGCCAAAAUUGAAGAGCGGCAGCUGGUCAGGACUGUCGGUGAGCUGCAGGUACAGCUUGAGUAUGAGCGGCUGCGGCGGGAGAAGCUGGAGGCCGAGGUGGACGAGUACCGGGAGGAGAUCCAGAGACUCAAGGAGCAGCAGGAGGGUGCCCAGCUCCCCACAGCCGCCCUCCCCAUGGAGACCGCCGAUACUGACCUCGGUCGAGUGGCUUCUGAUUCUAGUAAACUGAGCUCCGACUUGGGCAAAGAGAAAAAGAAAUGGAAGAAAAGGCCCCUUCUCAGUCCUGGCGGAGUGUUUGUGAGACGAUACUAA